CACCCCCGAGAGCUCAUCGGACCCCAGCGCGGCCGUUCAAACUGGCGAGUGUGCGCCUCUCGGGGUCCCCGGAUUCCAGGGCUACUUGGGCGCAGAGCCGUGAAAGAGUCUCAGUCCCCAGGCGCCCAGCUUUCGAGCGACCGCCCUCCUACGCCCGUCGGCCUGAGCCACCGUUUCUCCUGCUGGGCUCCCCAGCCCUAGCCUGCAGCCGCCCUCGCCCCGGUCCAUCCUUCCAGGAUCUGACUGCGCCGCGCAUAAGCCUCUGAAGUGCUCGGGCUCCCAGGCGGAGUCCUGACCGCAAACCCAAGUUGAAAGUAGCUGAGACUGCUGUUCUGCUCCAGUAAUUCAAGUGACUCAAGGAUGACCGCAUAGAACUGGAAAAUUAUUUGUUUAUGAUUCUUCCACCGGAAUACAGCUGCCGUGAAGUUUCCUUCUCUGACCGUUGUUCUGAGCUGUCUUCCCAGUGUUCAGCUACAGUGCUUGGAUGUGAUCUUCGUGGUGGGAAGCUCAGUUUUUAAACUACCCCAAUGGAUGCAGACAGUGAUGUUGCAUUGGACAUUCUAAUUACAAAUGUAGUCUGUGUUUUUAGAACAAGAUGCCAUUUGAACUUAAGGAAGAUUGCUUUGGAGGGAGCAAAUGUAAUUUAUAAGCGUGAUGUUGGAAAAGUAUUAAUGAAGCUUAGAAAACCUAGAAUCACAGCUACAAUUUGGUCCUCAGGAAAAAUUAUUUGCACUGGAGCAACAAGUGAAGAAGAAGCAAAAUUUGGUGCCAGACGUUUAGCCCGCAGUCUGCAGAAACUAGGUUUUCAGGUAAUAUUUACAGAUUUUAAGGUCGUUAACGUUUUGGCGGUGUGUAACAUGCCAUUUGAAAUCCGUUUGCCAGAAUUCACAAAGAACAAUAGACCUCAUGCCAGUUAUGAACCUGAACUUCAUCCUGCUGUGUGCUAUCGGAUAAAAUCUCUAAGAGCUACGUUACAGAUUUUUUCAACGGGAAGUAUCACAGUAACAGUCCUUAAGAGAAAAUACACGUUACCAACACCUUUAGACUCUGAACAAAACUUUGGAAGCAGGCUUGUUGUACUUCACUGGGUUCCUCAGCACUCCUGUGAGCGUCAGAGGCGGCCUAACCAAAGCCAGACUACAGCGACCAAAAGGGCCCAACGUAAAGGCUGUUGCUACUGCUGUGGAACAGAUUUACCCGUUUGUGUUUGAAAGCAGGAAAGAAAUUUUAUAAUUCAUCGCUUAAUUGGUUAGAAUCCCUAACUGAGCACCUUUUAAAACCUGCUGCACAUUGGACUCAAAACAAAAGGAAAACUGGACCAACAGUAAUUGAGGAAAUAGACUCUUUUAUUCAUUCACGGCUACAGUGUAAGCUCCAGGCCCUUUGGAUUUUAUUUCAGACCUUGCUGUAAUAUAAAAAGGAAGUUUACAAGACAUGACAUUGCUGCUUUUACAAAAGGACAUUCUAUUUAUUUUCGCAGUAAUUCUCAUGUCCCCGAAAGCAGAGCUGUCACAGUGUGCACUACCUUAAAUUGUUCUGUUGUUGUCAUUAGUUUUUUCCAGUUUGAGCUAAUGUGUUUUAUUUGUGAAUAGUCUUUUACAUUUUUGUAUGCUGAAUAUGGGCACCAAAGAACCUGUAAAAGUUAUCUUUUUCAAUUGAAUGUGCACAAAUAAAAGUUUGGAAAAGA